AUGUGGUGGAAAAGCGUCAUGGAGAACGCCAUGCCCAGGAGCUGCGAAGAGACAAGCAGAAGAAGAAUUGAUGUAAAGGUCACUACAGAGGUCACUGCAGAGGUCACUGCAGAGGUCACUGCAGGGGUCACUACAGGGGUCACUGCAGGGGUCACUACAGAGGUCACUACAGAGGUCACUGCAGAGGUCACUGCAGAGGUCACUGCAGAGGUCACUGCAAGGGUCACUGCAGGGGUCACUACAGAGGUCACUACAGAGGUCACUGCAGGGGUCACUAUAGAGGUCACUGCAGAGGUCACUGCAGAGGUCACUACAGAGGUCACUACAGGGGUCACUGCAGAGGUCACUACAGGGGUCACUACAGGGGUCACUACAGAGGUCACUGCAAGGGUCACUGCAGGGGUCACUACAGAGGUCACUGCAGGGGUCACUACAGAGGUCACUACAGGGGUCACUACAGGGGUCACUACAGAGGUCACUGCAAGGGUCACUGCAGGGGUCACUACAGAGGUCACUACAGAGGUCACUGCAGGGGUCACUAUACAGGUCACGGCAGAGGUCACUGCAGAGGUCACUACAGAGGUCACUACAGGGGUCACUGCAGAGGUCACUACAGGGGUCACUACAGGGGUCACUACAGAGGUCACUGCAGAGGUCAUUGCAGAGGUCACUGCAAGGGUCACUGCAGGGGUCACUACAGAGGUCACUACAGAGGUCACUGCAGAGGUCACUGCAGAGGUCACUAUAGAGGUCCCUACAGAGGUCACUGCAGAGGUCACUACAGGGGUCACUACAGGGGUCACUACAGAGGUCACUGCAGGGGUCACUACAGUAGUCACUGCAGAGGUCACUACAGAGGUCACUGCAGAGGUCACUACAAGUGUCACUGCAGAGGUCACUACAGAGGUCACUACAGGGGUCACUACAGAGGUCACUACAGAGGUUACUGCAGGGGUCACUACAGAGGUCACUGCAGGGGUCACUGCAGAGGUCACUGCAGAGGUCACUACAGGGGUCACUACAGAGGUCACUACAGGGGUCACUACAGAGGUCACUGCAGGGGUCACUGCAGAGGUCACUACAGAGGUCACUGCAGAGGUCACUACAGAAGUCAAUGCAGGGGUCACUACAGGGGUCACUGCAGAGGUCACCACAGAGGUCACUACAGAGGUCACUGCAGAGGUCACUACAGAGGUCACUACAGAGGUCCUAACUUAA